UUAAGCCGGCGGUGCGCAUCGGAGAUCCGCUCCGCCUCACUAAAUAUGCGCCGAUCUACGAGAAUAUGGCCCAGUCAGUUUAAAUUACACACACAGCAUUGAAAUCUAUAACAUCUUACUUUAAUACAUUGGUUAAACUUUCACAGUAUCACAUGGAAAAUAUAUUAUUGUACUUAGUAACUGGUACAAAAAUCUAUUUAGUUGCACUCUCCACCAAAAGUCCCCUUUAGUAACUGAUCAGACUUGCGCAACGGAUAGGAGGACAUUUGAACCAUUCCGCCUUUCUAUUCCGCCUUUUCAAUUGUAUAGUUCUGUAGUUUGGAGAUUUCUUGCAGAACAGCACAUUUCAGGUUAUGCAAAAGUAUUUAAAUGGGGUUGAGGUCUGGACUUUAAUAUGGCUAAUUCAAAUACACACUUUUUUUUGUGGUACAGUCAGGUGAUCCUUUGCAGACAGCAGGAUUUCCUGAAGAGCAGUGGUUUCUUUCAUGGUGCCCUCCCAUAAAUACCAUUGUUGUCUAGUAAUUUUGCAUGGUGGACAAUUGAUUUAGCUAGUUAAUGGGAUUUUCCAAUGCCAAAAAAAGACAAAAAAUUGUAGACAAAGAGUGCAAUGCUUUGUCCAUCAUACGUUUAGGCACAUUUCUGUUUGUAUUAUCAAGAAGGCGUGGUUAUCUCUUAUAACUUAUUGUGUUGUCUGUUACAUAGCAUUGUUCACAAUUCAACCAGGCAUAAAUAUAUGAAGAAUGUAUGCAUGCUGCAUUUAUCUUUUAAUGUAAAACCUAAUACUAUUUAUAAAGACAAAAAUGUUAAAUCGGAUUAAAUCCAGAACUGCCUAUUUGUACUGUCUAUGUACCAAUGCAAACACUAAAUAAAGCAUAGAUUGAAAAGUAUUUCAGUGUUGCAGUUCCUCACUUACACCUCAGAGCGCCGCUGUUUGCCCAAUAAGGAGAAGAAUACAGAACUGGAGAUCCACUGGUAUUUUCAUCAUCUACACACACUGCAGAUCUGCAUGAGGAGGCACAGCCAUUUUCUGGAUUCUCUCUGAACAGCCAACACAUUUUAUUAUUUUCACAAAAAAAAAAAACUUUAUUCUCUCUGGAUUACAUAUGCUAAAUAUCCUGAAGGACACUAUUUGUAGAUGCUAGGCUUAUUCAAGAUGAAGCAAUCUUCACAGACAUGCAAGGGAAUAACAUGGCAAGUAAUAUUUUCCUUAUUUUUUUUUUGGCUGUGUCAUUCAGUCUCAAGUCAAAUUCAUUAUUCCAUUGUAGAAGAAAUGAGAAAAGACUCUGUUAUAGCAAUUAUUGCAGAAGACCUGGGAUUAGAUAUUAAACAGCUCUCAUCAAGAAAGCUGCAAAUUAUAUCACAUAUAUCAGAGAAAUAUUUGUAUGUGAAUGUGGAUAAUGGACAUCUCUAUGUGAAGGACAGGAUAGAUAGAGAGGCUCUGUGUGGGGCAGAAGCUACCUGCUUCCUAACCUUUGAUGCUGUGGUUGAAAAUCCAUUUAAUGCUUUUAAAGUGAAAAUAGAAAUUCAGGAUAUUAAUGACAAUCCUCCAGUGUUUUAUCCUGAGACGUUCACUAUAGAAACUAUUGAACUAACAUCACCAGGAACAAGAUUUGCAUUACAAAAUGCAGAAGAUCUGGAUAUUGGUGUUAAUUCAGUACAGACAUAUAAACUCAGUGACAAUUCACAUUUUACAUUAAGUCAGAAAUUUAGCAGUGAUGGAUUUCAAUCACUUGAGCUUGUGUUAGAGAAAUCACUGGAUCAAGAAAUACAAAAUGUUCAUGAACUAAUUUUAAUAGCUCUGGAUGGAGGAAAUCCUGUAAGAUCUGGAACAGCUGUAAUAAGAAUCAUUGUUAUUGAUGCUAAUGAUAAUUUUCCAAUAUUUUCUCAGAAGGUGUACAAAGUUAGUGUGAGUGAGAAUGGUGCAGUAAAUACUACUAUAAUCAAUGUAAAUGCUACAGACAGAGAUGCUGGAACAAAUGGGCAAAUCACUUAUUCCUUCAGCAAGACAUCAAAAAAUGUCCAUCCUUCUGGCGUUUUCAGUAUUGAACCUAAAAGUGGUGAUAUUAAAAUAAACAGAAAGUUAGAUUUUGAAGAGACAAGAAAUUAUGAAUUGUCUGUUCAAGCUAAGGAUGGAGGAGGACUUGUUUCGCAUUGUAAGGUUUUGAUAGAUGUCAUAGAUGAGAAUGACAAUGCUCCAGAGAUAUCCAUCAAAUCCUUAUCUUCACCCGUUCCUGAGAAUUCUGCACAUGGAAAAAUGAUAGCUGUAAUCAGAGUCCAUGAUAAAGAUUCAGAAGAAAAUGGAGAAGUGGAUUGUAAGCUCACAGGGAAAAUGCCUUUUAAUUUAGUUUUGUCAUCUAACAGUUUUUAUACAAUUGUGACCACAAGUUCUAUGGAUCGAGAGAAAGUGUCAAAUUAUAACAUAACAAUUGUAGCCACUGACAGAGGAUCUCCUCCCCUUUACAGUCAGAAAACCAUCAAACUGGAGAUAUCAGAUGUUAAUGACAAUCCUCCUUUGUUUAUGAAAUCUACUUAUAUUGCUUAUGUACAAGAGAACAAUUUACCAGGAGCCUCAAUAUACAGUAUACACGCUUCUGAUGAUGAUGCUGGAGACAAUGCAAAAAUUAUUUAUUCAAUUUCUAACGAAAAUACAGAAGAUCUUCCUAUUUCUUCCUAUUUUUCUCUUAAUAUUGAGACUGGAGUUAUCUAUGCCCAACGAUCCUUUGAUUAUGAGCAACACAAGGAAUUUAUAAUAGAAGUAACAGCUAAGGACAAUGGACACCCAUCUUUGAGUAGCAACACAACAAUAACUAUCAAAGUCAUAGAUCAGAAUGAUAAUGCACCAAAACUCCUAUACCCACCCCCAGAGAGUGGAGCAUCAGCGGGGUUUGAGAUGGUGCCUUUUGCUGCUGAGCCUGGAUCAUUAAUAACAAAGGUAGUUGCAGUGGAUGCAGACUCUGGACAUAAUGCUUGGCUCUCUUAUAAUUUUGCACAAGUAGCUGAGCCAUCUUACUUCACCAUUGAUGAACAUACAGGUGAAAUUCGAACGCAACGUGUUUUUCAAGAGAAAGAUACUCUGAAUCACAAGAUUGUGGUGAUUGUAAAGGACAAUGGUAUUCUAUCUCUCUCUGCUACAGUUACUGUCACUCUGGUUGUUGCAAAUGAUUUCCAACAAGUAGUCCCUAAAUUUGUCAGUCACUUCACUGAUGAAGAUUAUCAAUCCAACUUGCAGCUGUACUUGAUAAUUGCUUUAGCAGUAAUAUCUCUGCUGUUUAUUAUAACUGUUAUGUUGGCUGCAUUAUCUAAAUGCAGAAAGUCUAAACCAUUCCCAGUAUAUGGGCCGGUCAGUUCAAAUUUAUAUCCUCAAGUCGAUCCCAGGAUGCUGUCUCAAUAUACCAGUGGAACACUAACACUUCCUUACUCUUACAACGUUUGUGUGGCUUUGGAUUCUGGGGAAAAUUCUGGGGACUUUACAUACAUGAAAACGAAUCAAAAUGUCCUUCUGGAUAAUCUAAUUGAUGCUGAUGAUUCAGGUGUUGGAAAGGAAAGUUUAAUGGAGGAUUUGCCAACCAGCAGUCAAAUCCAGGUGAGCUUUUGA